AUGGUUAAACAUUCCAGGAAGCGAGUGCCUGAGAAGGCCAAUAUGAGCCUAUUUUACCGAAAGCCUGGUGAAACACAAGACAAGUGGUACUGUCACCUCUGUGGAGGCGGCCGUGGUUCAAUGUACAAAAACUUGCAUAAGCAUGAGCAGACGGAGACUCAUAUGGAGGCGGCCAGACGGCGCGACAAACGGGCACACGCGCACUUACCUGUAGAUGAAGCACCAGCUCUGAUACCUGAAAAAAUGGACUGGACGGCAGAGCACGAACAACCCCCAGCAGAGGAGCCGCCAAUCGAGCCAGAGAGUGACAACCAUGAGUUAGGACUAGAUUUGGCCUUCAUAGACCAGGACAGCAUUUACAGCGAAGAAACUGAACGCACAGGGGGGGAAUACGAUGAUGCUUCCAAUUCAACCUGCUCGAGUGAUGAUAUGGGGUGGAAUACUCGCCAACCAUCAAAUCCUGAUCAGCCGCGGCCAGCUCCGCAUGCCAAUGGGCAGUCCAGUGGUGCCUGGGGUCGCAAACGUAGUGAAGAGUGGUGGCCGUUUAAGGCUGUAGAGAGGUCAGCUCGUUAG